GUUCAGGUUGCCUUGGAGUUGUCUGAAGAUGAAAAGCAACAGCUUGUUGACAUGGAAGAUUGUGGAAGGGAGAUUCUCUGUCCGAUUGCUGGUUGUGGUUCACGGUUAACUUCUUUAGAAGGCUUUGAGGAUCACUAUAAUGGAAGCCAUACUGCUUCAUGUUCGGUGUGCCAUAAAGCAUAUCCAACACAGCGCUUACUUAGCAUACAUGUCUCUGAAGUGCAUGAUUCUUACUUUAAGGCCAAGGUCGCUAGGGGUUAUCCCAUGUUCCUCCAAAAGAAAGGCCACUUCUACUCCGUCGGUAUCAACAACACCCUCCAUUAGUAAUUAUAAUUAUGAACCUAAUUAUCCGGAAGGGUACGACCCGGAGUUACAUCAAUAUGCAGAAGAAGUGGAAAAAGAUAUACAAAUUGAAGAAGAAGAAGAACAAGAAGAAGAACCAACGACCCCAAUUGGGGUACAUAUAUCUCGACAGUCAUCAACAAGAUCAGAUGAAGAACAAGGAGAACAACAACAACAAAGACAAGCUCGUGGUAAACGAGUCAAUUUCCAAACUAUCGAUGAAGAUGAACCAAUAAGACAACCUUUUCCGGCAAUGCCACCUUCUAGUGGUAGAGCUGUUUCACAUGUGUGGUCGUAUUUCACAAAAGAACCAACCGAGAAUCCAGAUAUGUUCCUAUGCACUUGUCAAAUUUGUGAAAGUCAAGGAGUAAAGCCCUUAGUUUCAUACAAUUUCGCCAGAGGUGGUGGAACGGGAUCUUUUAACAAACAUUUGGCAAAGAAGCAUGGAAUCACAAAAGAAACUCAUGCAUCAAGCGGCAGCGGGACCACAAGUGGAAGCCGACAGACACAAUGGGACAUUCCCAACACAGGUAUGCCUUUUAGAUAUAAUCGUAAUGACAUGAUUGAUGAAUUUUCUAGGUAUGUAAUUUGCGAUGAAUUGCCUUUUAACCACGGUGAAAGUAGGGCAUAUGAGCGUCUCACUAGACAACAAUUGCAACCACAAUUUAGAGCAAUCCCUAGGAACACUCUUAAAAGACGAACAAUUAAAUUAUACGAAUCAAUGCGCUAUGGCCUAGUUGAAAUGUUUAAAUCGUUUAAUGGUAGGGUUAGCAUAACAACUGACAUAUGGUCUGCUCCCCCACAUUUAGAAUCUUAUAUGUGUGUAACAGCACACUGGAUAGAUCGAAAUUGGAUUAUUCAAAAAAGAAUAAUUGCUUUUGAGACUAUGCCAGAAAGACACACCGGCGAAAACAUAAAAUAUAGAUUAAUAGAGAUAUGUAGGGAAUGGAACUUAUUAGAUAAAAUAUUUUGUUGUUCAACAGAUAAUGCAACCGCAAACAUAAAAUGUAUAGAACUUUUAUUUAACGAACCCGCCUUUAGUUUAAUCCUUGGGGGUAGCUUAUUACACAUACGUUGUUGUGCGCACAUAGUUAACUUAUCUUGUCAAGUAGGUAUAAAACAAUUAAGUGAAUUAUUAGAACCAAUUAGGGAUAUAGUAAAAUGGCUUAGGAUCGGAAAGAUUAAAAGAAGAUAUAAACAAUUAUGUGACCAAUACCAACUUAAAAAAGUGUAUUGGUCAUUAGAUACUCCUACACGUUGGGGGUCAACGAACGAUUUAUUAAGAAAGGCGAUUGCUUAUCGCCCAGUAAUAACACAACUAUAUAGUGAGUGUACAGAUAGUUUCAUAGCUGAUGAAACUUGGGAAUUAGCAAUAGGUGUACAUAACAUAUUAGAAGCGUAUGACCACGCGACUAAGAUUUUUUCUUAUGUUUAUGAACCGAACGUUCACUUAGUAAUAAGUGAAUGUAUUACUAUUUUUUAUCACCUGCUUAAACAUAGACAAGAAGAUACUAACCCACAAUUAAGGCCGAUUCUUGCUGAAAUGAUGGAAAAAUGGAAAUCAUAUUUUACCGAUUUUCCUUACAUUUAUGGAAUCGCAACCAUUUUGGACCCACGUUUUAAAACCGAGGUCCUAACCAAAGUAAUAGGAUUUUAUUAUCAAGCGUUAGAUCGCCCGUCUUCCGAUGUAGCUUAUUAUGUCGGAACAUGUAAAAAAUAUUUAGCUGAACUGUAUGAAUUUUACGCUAGUGUAUAUAACCCGAAACGCGAUAUGUCUAGGCGUGCUAGCGUUUCGGCUCGUCCCUCUUUCUAUAAUUCAGUAAUUGCUAACAUAAUGACGCAAGAUGAUAGUUUUGUAGGAUCUUCUUCUUCCUCGACCACAUUUUUAGAACUAGAUAGUUAUCUAAAACACCACUUUGAAAUAGACCCAAGUGUCUAUAAUAUUUUGGAGUGGUGGAAAGAAAAAUCUUUUAAAUUUCCCAUUUUAUCGAGAAUUGCAAAGGAUAUCCUUGCAAUUCCCGCGUCCACUAUUGCGUCGGAGUCUGCUUUUAGUGCAGGUAGAAGAGUUCUGGAUGAAAAGCGAUCUCGUCUUGCUCCACAUAGUAUUCAAAUAUGUGUUUGCAAGAAAGAUUGGGACCAAGCGGAGAUACGAACACAAGGACUAAGGAACGAUGAUGAUCAAGACGACGAUGAUGAUCCAUGGAUGAUGAUGGAUACAACUUCAUCAUCGUCAGGAGGAGAGUCAGCGGAAGCAUCUAAUCAAUAUCAACCACAUGAUGAUGACGAAGACGAAUAGGAUCAAUCCGACAAGCGACAACGAUGAAUCAACACUCAACAACUAUAAAUAAAAGGUAUGACAAAGAACUACGUGGGCUUUGAUUCCUUCGGGAUACGUAGGCAGCUUAGUAUUCAUUUGGGUACUAGGUUCAAGUCCAUUUUCUCCCUCUUUUUUUAUUAAUCAUCUUUAUCGACAUUAUCAUUGAUUCGUUUCUUAUUAAUUAAUUUUUUUCCAUUCAUUUUAGUAAAUAUUUCAAUAACGAUGACAACUUGACAUGCAAUGAAUUUCGCUAAUAAUCAAGUAAUCAUCAAAGGUACGUCCGCGAUAUUAUAGUAUUUUUUUAUUAUACAAAAAUUUAAAGAAAAAAUUAAAAUGGAACCGAUGGUCCGACCCGCCCGUCCCGUGAGUUGGAACCGCCGGAACCGCCUCAUGAACCGCUAAGGAACCGUUUGGAACCGCCCGGAACCGGAACCGGAACCGGAACCGUUCGCGACAGGUUCCAAAUGGAACCGGAACCGGGUGGAACCGGAACCGGAUGGAACCGGAACGGAACCGGACCAACCCGGACCGUGGCCAUGCCUAGUGACGGUGAUUCAGAUAAAUGAUGAAACUUGAGCGUCUUUAUGUGAUAUGGGCUGUUUACAUCAGUGUCUAAGAAAGGGAAAUCAUGUUGUUUGCAAUGUUCGUUUUGUAAUAGGCAUAAAAGACGUCUGUCUGCACAUUUUCUAAUAUCUGAUUCUGAU